ACCAUUUUCGCCAAUGACCGUGCUCGACCCUUAGGGUUGAGCAGGCCCUGGGAAGAGAAGCACUUGACUACCACUGCAUUUCUCGUCGUUCCCCCCCAUGUCUCCGCUCAAAGAUAAAUCCGAUCGCAUCUAUCGCUCCGGGCUCAUUGAUAAGGCUUGCGGAACACUCCAUGAGCGCAUCGUGAACGAGUUCGACCGCGAGCCCGGCUGGGACGCGACCGCUGCAAAGGAGAGGUACCGUGCGGUUGGGAGGAGACAUUGGAGAACUAGCCGUGUUCUUUCAACUCAGCCGGAGGCAAUGAAAGCCAUCAGGAAUGAGCUGCGGACCCAUUUUCGAGAGUUCAGAGACCGCACUGAGAUCCGACUGGAUCUGAUCAUAAAAUAUCUAAAGAUCGUGUUCAACGAGCAGCGUCGUAAGAUGAACCGAGCGGCAAAGAAGCAAUCCACUCAGCAAUCCAGUCAGCAAAACUGGAUAAAGAGCCUGAAACUGAAGCAAAUUUACUAGUAGUCAUGCGAAGGGAUUGAUCAAAUUCAGAUAAUUCUACUGUUUCCAUGGGAGAAUUCCAUCCAGCAUACUUCUUUCCUGAAUAUCUUUACUACGGCCUCUGAUAGCCCAAAUGCCCCAGUUUGCCUUGAUCAUGACCCGCGGGUCGAAAUCGGCAAUCUCCCACUUUUCGCUGCCAAACGGAUUGGGGCCAGGAGUAAUGACCCACUCGAACUGGCCAGCAACGUCCGGCGCCUCCGAAAGCGACCGCACGUCACGCUCAAUGUCGGUAGGAGAGAACCCAGUCACGAAGAUCGGGCAUUUUGACUCGAGCAGAGCAGGCAGCACGGGCCCCCAUUCGGUGGGAGAGGCGAUCUGCGGGAGCGGUGUCACCCCAUCCUCCGCAAAGGACUUUUCUGACGGAAAUCCGAAGCCUGGCGAAAAGAAGAAGAACACGUCGCUGUACGGAUCGAGCGUUUCCGAGAAGUGGUGGUGCACGUCAAUGUAGUUCGUCCGCAGGCCGGAGACGGUCAGCUCCUUCGUAUAUGGAGUUGUGUACGAUGGAACCCCAUAUCGGCUGACCGAGUUGCGAGUGUACUUUUGGCGGUCAAUGGGCAUCGGAGCGGGUGGUCUAUAGAUGUUCGGGGUAUAGUCCGAUCGCUGCUGGAGCUCCUGGAGCUUGUUCAGCUUGACGGGAACAGCCGAGGUCUGGGAAGAGUCAGAUCCAGAUGGCAUCUCCGUCGUGGAAUCUUUCGCAAUUGGUUCGGCGGUGUUGCCAGACUGAGAUUGAUUCGGAGGAGCCGGGGUGUCUGGUUUGGGUAGCGAGACUUGCGGGCCGAUGAAAAGGAGAUGUAGUUGAGCAGCGGGGAAGAGGAGACAAAGUUGCUCCCAAACAUGGACGGGAAGCGACGACUCAGCUCGCGCUCCCAGAAUGAACACCCGGACUUGAGGUUUUCCAACUUGAGCUUCGGGCGUUUCAGGAGCUCCAAGGGGAACAUGAAGAGUCGACCGGAUAGCUAGUGAGCGACAGCAUGAGUUGCGGAAGCGACAAUCGAGUGGGAUGCAAGCCGUACCUGCCAAGGACCGACUACCCUCCGGGGUUACUCUCUGGUUGCUUGUCAUGAGCGGGCUAAACUGGUGCAGAGCACCGCCAAUGGUGAUCGGGUAAGUCAACAGUUUACUGGCAUGUCGCCGUGACCGCUCCGUGUCCAUCGACAUAAACCCACGGGUAUACCAAAAGAUAUCCCAGUUUGAGAACGAGAUAGCUUCUUCGUAGCCCUGUGGACCUGAACACGGUCUAGCGCGAGCGUAGAAGUACAUAACCUCGCGUACCCGGCAGUUCAAAUUCAGUCAUUCUCCGUCCACUCCGAAGGUCAUGUUCGUCCUCAUUCGCCUCCCGUAGCCGCAUGCAGUACUUUUUAUGCUCCUCGUCCUGCUGCCAGUGCUCCUCCGAACAGUGCGUAGGCCAGCCGCAAUCCGGACAUUCAUACGAAACGUUCUGCGGCUCCGUCGCGUGGGGGUGUCCAUGCUCAUGCGAAGACGUGCAGACAGGACACGGAGCAAGAUUUUUGAUGGCUUCUCCUCGGGCGCGCAGCAUAGGGAACGGGGACUUGGAAAAUGGAUGGAAGAGAUUAUCCUCGGUCAAAAGCGGGACGUGCUGCUCCCGUUCGGCCGGUUUGGCGGUCUUGCGAAAGAAGGAGAAGAAAGAGCGCCUCGAGGACGGACAUGGUCGAGUGAUGAAGCGAGAGUAUAGUGGUGCGCCGAGCGCGACCUGCAAACGCGCACGGCGUGCUAGGAAGCAGGUCAUGAUCAAGCAAAAUGAGCGGUGUCGUGACCACACUAGAUCUGGCUUCCAUUUUCCCGCGCCCGAGUCAGAUCUCCGCCCUCGUCCUUACCGUCAUGUCGCGCACCGCUAAUAUCUCCCGGAAAACCAGCGAAACAUCCAUUGAAUGUUUCCUGGACUUGGACUGCGCUCCAGGCUCGGGAGUCAAACAAACGAUCGAGGUCUCGACAGGAAUCGGGUUUUUGGACCAUAUGUAUACUGCCCUGGCUAAGCAUGGUGGGAUGUCGCUCACCAUGAAAUGCAAGGGCGAUCUCUGGAUUGACGACCACCACACGGCAGAUAAGUCGACCGCGAUCGCUCUCGGAACUGCUUUCAAGGAGGCCCUAGGGGAAGUCCGUGGCAUCCGCCGCUACGGUACCGGCUUUGCUCCUCUGGAUGAGGCCCUCUCUCGUGCUGUCAUCGACAUCUGUUCGAGGCCGUACUGUGUGACUGAUCUUGGGCUCAAGAGGGAGAAAAUCGGCGACCUUUCAACGGAGAUGAUCCCUCACAUCUUCUACUCCUUCGCCAUCGCGUCGGGCGUGACAUUGCACGUCGAUGUCUUGCGCGGAGAGAACGACCAUCAUCGUUCUGAAUCUGCUUUCAAAGCUCUCGCGCUUGCCAUCCGACAAGCGAUCGAGAAAACGGGCAGUAACGAUGUGCCGAGCACCAAGGGUGUGCUAUAAGUCUCGUGUAGAAUACAAUAUCCGGAAAUUCGAUUCCUUUAAUUUAUCGGCUACGACUACGACCAAAACAGACAC